UAUUGUUUUCGUAUUGAAUAGGAACAGCGGAGUUGUUUGAAAAAUUAAUUAAAUAUUUUGUUCGAAGCACGAAGAAAAUAGUUUACUCAAUACCACUGAAGACUAAGUUACAAAAACAGAAAUACAGACACGUAGCAUAUAAAGAUUAACCUGAAAGGUGGUUCGUGAUUUUAAAUCAAACACAAAAGAUGUUUCCUGCUUCUGACUUAAACUCUAACGUAGUUCCAGAUCCGACAGCAUAUGCUCAGGAAGCACUUUCUAUGGGCUCUAUGGAUGACCAAUCAUUAUUCGAUUCAUACGACAAUCAAAAAGUGCCAUCAGGAAAGCCAGGAAAGGUAUCAGAUGAUCCCUGGUCGAAAAAACGUUCCAUUGAUUCGGAUUUCGAUGAUUUCCAUAUCCCACCAAAACGACCAAAUUUAUUGGAGGAUGUUAAACCAGAGAUUCAAGAAACUGCUGACGAUAAACGCGUCAUUGUCCCUGCCGAUCCAAUGUGUUGGACAAAUGAACAUGUCCGACAAUGGGUUCAGUGGGCUAUCAAAGAAUUCAGUUUGAAAGAUGUCAACAUUGACGCGUUUACCAUGACUGGACAAGAGUUGUGUAAAUUCACUCGAGAAGAAUUUUUGAGACUUGCUCCAGCAUAUAACGGUGACAUCUUGAUGGCGCAUCUGUGCGUGUUGAGAAAAGCACCUCUACCGAACUUGACUACAGAAGACAUUGACAAAGCCUUAGCGCCACCGCUGAGUCAUCAAACGUCAGCAAAAGUACCUGGAUCCUCUUAUCCACGAACCACAGAAGGCCGAACAACGGAGGGUGACAAGAGACCAUGCUCUCCAUCUGUGGGUGGUUAUUCAAGAAGCGUUCCAGUGGCACGAGCUGACGGCAGUGAAUACUUAGCCAGUUGCGCAUUCCAAGCUUCGUCAUCUACAACGUCAUCAUCGACGUCAAGCACAUAUCAAUGUCGUGAUUCUGUCGUACCCAGCAAACCAUUCGAAAGUAGUUCCGCUGCUCACAGUGAAUACGCACCAUCGUGUCCCUCACCUAAGCCAGCGAGUUUGCCGCCGACUACAACGUCACACGGUGGCAGUGGCCAAAUACAAUUAUGGCAGUUUUUACUCGAAUUACUCGCCGAUCCUGCUAACGCAAGUUUUAUUGCAUGGGAAGGCAACAAUGGAGAGUUUAAACUAACCGAUCCUGAUGAGGUUGCACGACGUUGGGGUGAACGUAAAAACAAACCCAACAUGAAUUACGACAAGUUAAGUCGUGCUCUUCGUUAUUAUUACGACAAAAACAUCAUGACGAAAAUCCACGGUAAACGAUACGCUUAUAAAUUUGAUUUCCAAGGACUUGCUCAACUAAACCAACCUAUUACAUCUGACGCUCAAUUACACGCUGCCCAGGCUGCUGCUGCUGCUUAUCGAGGGGAAUACCCAUUCUACAGCCCGUACGGACCAUCACCAGGCUCACCCUACGGCUAUCCAUCUUCAACCUACCCACAAUGCUAUUCUUCCGUUCAAUCUCCAAAUCAAUACGGAUCUUACCCAAGUUGGGGCAGACCAUCGUACCCUCCAAGCAUGUACCGACAGUCAUCGGUACCGUAUUUUUAAUUUAAUAAAUCAAUAAUAUAAAAAACAAAAAACGAUGUUGUUGUUACAGUUUUCUUUGUUGGUUUUUUCCGACGCUAUAACUUUUCUCAUUUUAACUGAGGUAUUUUUUUACGACACGACGCAAUAGAUAUCGACACGAUAUGACGGAUAAAUUUUAUAUAUAUUUUGGCAAUUUUUUUAUUUGUAUUAUUUUUAUAAUGCAUGUGUUUUUCAGAAGAUAUUUUAUAACAGAACAGUUUAAAAUACAAACAAA